UUGCGUGGAGUUCCAUGAUCGGAUGUUAUGGUGAAGAAACAGGAAAUACAACUUUACUCGGGCGCUAUGAGGUUCUUUAAGUACAGGUUCGAACGGCCUAAGCGCGUAACGCCCGUCACUACUUGACUAGACUGAAAUAAUAUUUCUUAAACCUUAAAAUCGAACGUGUCUCGGUGCACGUUGAAGCGACUGCAUAAGUCUUAGCUUAGCAUAUGUUAACUUGCCGGCUGGACACCGAGACGUUUUUUUGUUAAGCGACACGCCGCUAAUUGGGACGUGAGUGUGAGGACUGGAGAGCGCUUGGGGGAACUCUGUGGAGCUCAAGAGGAGAGCGAGCGACGUCAUCAGCAUCUGGACGCUGAUUGCGAGAUGCCUCCAAUGGUGCGACACACGACAGGCACCAGUGAAAACGCUCUCCAUUCUCAGCAACAGGAUCCAGAGUCCCCCCACGUCAAAGAGGAAGAGGAGUCACUCAUUUACAUUAAAGAGGAGGAGCCGGAUUACCCUCACAUUAAAGAGGAAGUGGAGACCACCUAUGUCAAAGAGGAGGAAGAUGAGCCCCCCUGCAGUAAAGAAGAAAGAGAGGAUGAGCUCACCAACUUUCCUUUGACUUGCGUCGUCGUGAAGAGUGAAGAAGAUGAAGCUAAAAGUCAGAGUGAGGAGAACCGAGGGACGGAGCCUGCAAGCAGCACCUUAAAUCAACACACGGCAACAGAAGGUGACGGUGGCCACUGUAGAGGAGCGCAAUUGGACGGCCUCUUGGCUCCACUAACUGACAGUGAUGACAUAAAGUCACACUCUUCUGACACUAAUGUGGAUGAUGAUGAGGAGGAGGAGGAAGAGGAGGGUGGCACUGGGGUGAAACCUUUUGCCUGUUCAGUUUGUUCAAAAAGAUUCUCACGAAAAACAACUCUCGUAACCCACAAUAGAACGCACACAGGGGAGAAACCUUUUGCCUGUUCCAUUUGUGGUAAAAGAUUCAUCGAGAAGGGACAUUUAAUACGGCACACGAGAACACACACUGGCGAAAAACCUUUUGCGUGCUCAGUUUGUGGCAGGCGAUUUGCUUUGAAGAUAGAUUUGAUCAGACACACGAGAACGCACACCGGGGAGAAACCUUUUGCCUGCUCAAUUUGCAGUCGGCGAUUCACUUUGAAGACGUACCUGAUAAGACAUACAAGAACACACACUGGGGAAAAACCUUUUGCCUGCUCAGUUUGUGGCCGACAAUUCACCAUGAAGACAGAUCUAAGAAGACACACAAGAACACACACUGGGGAAAAACCUUUUCCCUGCUCAGUUUGUAGUCGACAAUUCACUUUGAAGACAGAUUUAAUAAGACACACAAGAACACAUACCGGAGAGAAACCUUUUACUUGUUCAGUUUGUGGAAAAACAUUCUCUCGAAAAACAAGCCUAACAACACACAAAAGAGCACACGCCGGGGAGAAAAGUUUUCCUUGCUUAGAUUGUGGUCAAAGUUUUACCUUGAAAGUGCGUUUGGAAAAGCAUGCAAGACGACACACUGGAGAAAACUCUUUUAUUUGCUCAGUUUGUAAUCAAAGUUUCUCCAGAAAGGCACAUUUAACAAUGCAUGCAAAAACACACGCUGAAGAGAAACCUUAUUCCUGCUCGGUUUGUGGUCAGACAUUCUCGCAAAGGGGCCACUUUACAAAUCACACUAGAACGCACACUGGGGAGAAACCUUUUCACUGCUCGGUUUGUGGGGAGAGAUUCACCUUUAAGUUAAAUUUAACAACACACACUAGAACACACGCUGCACAGAAACAUUUGGGGAGCAACGGUUAAUUCAUUUUUCAUUCGUUCAGAUAUACUGCAUGUCGCUCAUUUACAUUAAGAAUCAAAUCUGCAUUAAAAAAAAAAUGAAUUGAUUUGUUUCCCGCAACACCAGUCAAUGUAACACUAGUAAACUUUGAAUGCCUUUGCAAAAGUGAAAAUAAAAUGUGUUCCAAGUCUAUAAAACGAGGGUUCGAAAUGAUGACAAAUCAAACCCUCUUCCCCACUGUCGAUUGCUGUAAUGUGCAAAACCACGCCUACACGGAACUACGUUUUGGCGUCAUGAAAAUAUAUGCUUUGAAAGUGUGGAGGUCAAUUUUAUUUGUUUGUUUUACUAUGACCUAAUUACAGCACAGAAAUGUUGUUCAUACAGGUAUAUACGGCAUGACAUAGGCAGUAGUGUCGAACUCAUUUUUGUCACGGUCUACUUUGGAGUUACGUCUUCGCUCGCAGGGCCGUUACGUCAGUGAAACCAAAUAAAUGUUAAAUCGUCUCAUCGUAUUAUUACUUGUACACAACAAACGGAUGGAUUACUCGUUUUGAAAAUGAGUCAACUAUCGUAGUUUGUUAUUUUUCAAGUGAGUGUAAAUAGGGUAACGAAAUUAUUGCAAAAAUCUCCCAUGUUAUUACGCAUGACAAUUUGACACUUUGGUACGGAUUUGAGCACGGAUCAUGGAAGUUGACACACACAAUUUGCUUUCGCGGGCCACAUAAAAUGAUGUGGCGGGACGGCUCUGGCCCCCGGGCCUUGCUUUGGAAACCUCUGACGUAGCGUGUUAUGUUCGUACAAAAGUUAUGUCGAGUUGUAGAAACGACUUAGAGUACGUUCACGCGUUGUGACUCAAGAGACACUUACGGCACCCACUUUGCACCCUUGGCCAUUUUGGUUUGCUGUGCUUAUACAUAGUUGUUUUUUUUUUCUUUCUAUCGUGACUUUCUAGUUGACGUAAUGUAAAUCGUGG